AUGGGAUUUACCAAGUUCGUCAACUACUCCACAAUGGGAAUCUUCGUGGCGGUGGUGAUUGCCCUCGUAUCGAUGACCAAUGUUGGUCUCUACGCCGGCAGCCGAAACGGAUCCGACAGCAACUGCGGCAGUCUCGGGGUGUUCUCUUUCCGAGUGAGCGACCGAGUGGUGGGCCUGGGCGAAACGGUCACCAUCCUCUCCAUCUUCUUCUCUCUCGUCUCGAUCGCGCUGUGGGCUGUGCUGCAGUUCACCGAGCACUCGACCGGCAAGCACUACGCCUGUACGGGCCUCCUCUCGGGCUUCUCCCUCUUCAUGUUCGCCUUCUGGGUGGUGCCCUGGUCGCUGCUGGCCAGGGACAUGUCGUGGAUCGACGACAACUACGGCCACUGCGAGAUGCCCUACACGUGGAGCGCCACCCUCUUCUUCUCGCUCUUCGACUGGCUCCUCUGGCUUGUCAUGCUGCUCAACAGCGUCCUCGCUCUCAUCGUCGACCGCAACGGCUCUGACGACUACUAG